UCCCUAUAUAUCCAGCCCCAAGCACACACCCCAACCGUAUCACACACACAAGCACACGUACGCAGCACAACACCAGCUCGAUCGAUCGAUCACUUUGGCUCGUGUCAGAUCGCAUCAUGGCGUUCUUCUCAAACGGUGGUGGCGGCGCGUCGUUUCGGACGGCGGCGGCGAUGAUGGCCCUGGUGAUGGCCGGGGUGGCGAGCGGUGACUUCGCGGCGGACCGGGCGGAGUGCGCGGACAAGCUGAUGGGUCUGGCGACGUGCCUGACGUUCGUGGAGGCGAAGGCGACGGCGCGCGCCCCCACGCCGGACUGCUGCGCGGGGCUGAAGCAGGUGGUGACGGCGAGCAAGAAGUGCAUGUGCGUGCUGGUCAGGGACCGCGACGAGCCCGCGCUGGGGGUCCAGUUCAACGUCACCCGCGCCAUGGACCUCCCCUCCAUCUGCAACGUCCCCGCAACCUUCUCCGACUGCCCAAAGAUACUGAACAUGUCGCCCGACUCCCCGGAGGCGCAGAUUUUCAAGGAAUACGCGAAGCGGCAUGAGUCCCAGAACGGCACCACCGUACCUGCUGCUGCAAUCGGUGGCGCCGGCGGGAAGAGCACGACGGCGCCGUCGACGGGCGAGGCCGGCGGCGCAGGGAGGCAGCGCGGCACGCUCGUCUUCCGCCUCGCGUCGGCGCUACUCGCCACAGUUUCCGUUCUCGCAUGGUGAUCGCGUGCCGACAGAGGAGGUAUGCGGAGGUAUGUGAAAGCCAGCGAAGAUGAAGAGAUGAGCAGAAGACAUGCGUACUCUUUUUUUCUAGCUUUUUGAGCUGUGAGAUGUUUGUGCUGACUCUGCACCAGCAACAGCCAACAGCUCUGUACUCCCAGCUGUUGGGCUGCCUUCCAGCCUAGGAUUUAAAUGUGGUGAGCAGAGAUGUCGAGCUGUCUGUCUGAAGGUCUGAACCUGAUCGAUUGGUACGGUGUAAGAUUGGUUUCAAGUUUUUAGUUAAUCUUCUUCGUCUUUUUUAUUUUUUUUUCUUGUGUAAGAAACCUACAGCGGGGUAUGUAAUACAACUUUCCUUGAUGCUAAAGAAUCUUCAAUUUUGUCA